GGCGCGCGCAUCGGCGCCUGGAAGUGGCCGUCGAUUUCAGCCGGAUUAGAAUGGAGUGACAGGAACGGUCCUGGUCACGCAGACGCGGUUGGACUCGUGUCUUCUGCUCGCCCGGCGGAGCCAAACCUCACUCAGCCGCCGGGGGAAAGCACUCACGGCCAUGGAUUGCGGUGGCGGGCCCGCGGGCAGCUCCACGGUCGCUAGCAACAAGUCCCUCGCCCCUGCCACGGCUACCCGCGACUCGAGCUCGGGAGAGACCGGGCCCGGGCCGGCCCGCGCGGGAGUCGCGGCGCGCUCCGGGGGCGGGCGACCCGCGGCAGCGAACGCCGCGCGGGAGCGCAGCCGCGUGCAGACCCUGCGGCACGCCUUCCUGGAGCUGCAGCGCACGCUGCCCUCCGUGCCGCCCGACACCAAGCUGUCCAAGCUGGACGUGCUGCUGCUGGCCACCACCUACAUCGCGCAUCUCACGCGCAGCCUGCAGGACGACGCCGAGGAGCCAGCGGACCCCGCUCUGGGCGCCCUGCGCGGCGACGGCUACCUGCACCCUGUCAAGAAAUGGCCCAUGCGAUCAAGGUUAUACAUCGGUGCUACCGGUCAGUUUCUGAAGCAUUCCAUCUCUGGAGAAAAGGCAAAUCAUGGUGGCACUUCUACAGAUGCUCAACCUUAG